CCAUCCCCAUCCCCAUCCCCAUAGACGAGACCAAGACCAGACCCGAGUCCGACCCUCUUUCCAACAAUCUCAGAUCACCAAUCUCCUCCGAUGACUCUGAUGACUCCUCCGCCUGUCGAUCCUGAAGAGGACGAGAUGCUGGUCCUACAUUCUGAUUUGACCGCCACCGAAGAACCUCAACCAAUGGAAGGAGUUGCACCCACCGAAGCUGCUAAUACAGUUGAUGCACCAGUGGUUGAUGAUCCUCCAUCCGCAAGGUUCACAUGGACUAUAGAGAAUUUUUCUAGGUUGACUGGCAAAAAGUUAUACUCUCAAGUCUUCUUUGUUGGAGGAUAUAAAUGGCGAGUGCUCAUAUUCCCGAAAGGAAACAAUGUGGACCAUCUGUCAAUGUAUCUCGACGUUGCUGAUUCCUCGACGCUGCCAUAUGGUUGGAGCAGAUAUGCUCAGUUCAGCUUAGCUGUGAUUAAUCAAAUUCAUAACAAGUUCACCAUGAGGAAAGAUACACAACACCAGUUUAAUGCUCGAGAAAGUGAUUGGGGUUUCACCUCAUUUAUGCCUCUAAGUGAGCUGUAUGACCCUAGUCGAGGCUAUCUUCUGAAUGAUACAUGCAUAGUUGAAGCUGAUGUUACAGUCCGAAGGGUUGUUGAUUACUGGUCACAUGACUCAAAAAAGGAGACUGGUUAUGUGGGGCUUAAGAAUCAAGGCGCUACUUGCUAUAUGAACUCUCUCCUCCAGACAUUAUACCAUAUACCUUAUUUCAGGAAGGCUGUGUAUCAUAUGCCAACAACUGAGAAUGACAUGCCAUCAGGGAGCAUUCCUCUGGCUUUGCAGAGUUUAUUCUAUAAGCUUCAGUACAGUGACACUAGUGUAGCUACAAAAGAGUUGACAAAGUCUUUUGGCUGGGAUACGUAUGAUUCUUUUAUGCAGCAUGAUGUUCAAGAACUCAAUAGAGUCCUCUGUGAGAAGCUUGAAGACAAAAUGAAGGGAACUGUUGUAGAGGGUACAAUUCAACAAUUAUUUGAAGGACAUGAUAUGAACUAUAUCGAGUGCAUAAAUGUGGACUAUAAAUCAAUAUGGUCUUCACAGGAUGCAAAGAAGGGCGUCCUGUUCAUUGAUUUCCCCCCUGUUCUUCAACUCCAGUUAAAACGUUUUGAAUAUGAUUUCAUGCGAGAUACGAUGGUGAAGAUAAAUGACCGCUAUGAAUUCCCCUUGCAACUCGAUCUUGAUAGAGAGGAUGGGAAGUAUUUAUCACCCCAGGCAGACAGAAGUGUUCGCAAUCUUUAUACUCUUCACAGUGUGUUGGUCCACAGUGGUGGAGUACAUGGUGGACAUUAUUAUGCCUAUAUCAGGCCAACACUUUCUGAUCAGUGGUUUAAAUUUGAUGAUGAACGUGUAACCAAAGAAGAUAUAAAGAGAGCUUUGGAUGAGCAAUAUGGAGGCGAGGAGGAGUUACCUCAAGCAAAUCCUGGGUUCAACAACUCUCCAUUCAAAUUUACAAAGUAUUCAAAUGCAUACAUGCUUGUGUAUAUACGUGAAAGUGACAAGGAGAAAAUAAUCUGUAAUGUGGAUGAGAAGGAUAUAGCAGAGCACCUUAGAAUAAGAUUGAAGAAAGAACAAGAAGAGAAGGAGCAAAAAAGAAAGGAAAAAGCAGAGGCACAUUUGUAUACAAUCAUAAAGGUUGCACGUGAUGGGGAUCUUCAUGAACAGAUUGGAAAAUAUAUAUAUUUUGAUCUAGUGGAUCAUGACAAAGUUCAUAGUUUCCGUAUUCAAAAACAAACCUCUUUUGCUCUUUUCAAGGAGGAAGUUGCAAAAGAAUUGGGUAUACCAGUGCAGCAUCAACGUUUCUGGCUGUGGGCAAAGCGCCAAAAUCACACUUACCGCCCUAAUCGUCCAUUGACUCCUCAGGAAGAAGCUCAGUCUGUUGGACAUUUGCGAGAGGUAUCAAAUAAGGCUAACAAUGCUGAGCUUAAGCUGUUUCUGGAAGUAGAAGUUGGGCAGGACUUGCGGCCAAUUCCUCCACCUGAGAAGACUAAGGAGGAGAUUUUGCUUUUCUUUAAACUUUAUGAUCCUUCAAAAGAGGAGCUGCGAUAUGUUGGGAGGCUCUUUGUAAAGGGUACUGGAAAGCCAAUAGAAAUACUGUCAAAGCUUAAUGAACUGGCUGGCUUUGGACGUGAGGAAGAACUUGAACUUUUUGAGGAAAUUAAAUUUGAACCUAAUGUUAUGUGUGAACACAUUGACAAGAAGCUUACUUUUCGGGGUAGUCAGCUUGAGGAUGGGGACAUUAUUUGCUUUCAGAAAGCUCUUCAUGUUGAAAGUACCGAAACAUGCCGUUAUCCUGAUGUUCCGUCCUUUCUGGAAUAUGUUCAUAACCGUCAGGUUGUACGCUUUCGUUCACUAGAGAAGCCAAAGGAGGACGAAUUCUCUCUGGAAUUAUCAAAACUUAACAAUUACGACGAUGUUGUUGAAAGAGUUGCCAGCCAUUUAAACUUAGAUGACCCAUCUAAAAUCAGGCUUACUUCUCAUAAUUGCUACUCCCAGCAACCUAAGCCCCAACCAAUCAAGUACCGUGGUGUGGAACAUCUAUCAGACAUGCUGGCGCACUACAACCAGACUUCAGAUAUUUUGUAUUACGAAGUAUUGGAUAUCCCUCUGCCAGAAUUGCAAGGCCUGAAAACUCUUAAAGUUGCUUUUCAUCAUGCUACCAAAGAUGAAGUAGUUAUACAUACUAUUAGAUUGCCAAAGCAGAGCACGGUUGGGGAUGUAAUCAAUGAUCUCAAGACAAAGGUUGAGUUAUCCCAUAAAGAUGCAGAGCUCCGACUGCUGGAGGUUUUCUAUCAUAAGAUUUACAAGAUAUUCCCCCUCAAUGAAAAAAUUGAGAAUAUUAAUGAUCAAUACUGGACUUUACGUGCCGAGGAGAUUCCAGAAGAGGAGAAGGACCUUGAUUCUCAGGAUCGUCUCAUUCAUGUUUAUCAUUUCAUGAAAGACACAGCUCAAAACCAGCAGCAGGUCCAGAACUUUGGGGAACCAUUUUUCCUUGUCAUUCGUGAAGGUGAGACAUUAGCUGAUGUUAAAAUACGGAUACAGAAGAAAUUACAGGUUCCGGAUGAGGAGUUUUCAAAGUGGAAGUUUGCAUUUCUGUCUUUGGGCCGUCCCACAUACCUUCAGGACUCGGAUAUCGUCUCCAGCCGUUUUCAGAGAAGAGAUGUUUAUGGUGCUUGGGAACAGUAUCUGGGAUUGGAACAUUCUGAUAAUACACCCAAAAGGUCGUAUGCUGCAAAUCAGAACCGACACACAUAUGAGAAACCAGUAAGAAUCUACAACUAGGCAGGUGAAUAAGUACUUGUGAUGAGGCUGCAGCAAGAGAUAAAUGUGGCGUUUUAAGAGAAGCAUCGACUGAAAGAAAACCAGCAGCAGAUAAUAAUGAUAUGGGUAUGGACGUAUGGUAGAUGUAUAUUUGUUUGUUGAGAAAGGUAGCACAGAUAAUAGAGAAGCAAGCACGCGUGCGUGCGUGUGUUCUCUUUUUUGUGCAGCAGGGUGAUGUUAGAGUUUAGGUGAUAUUUCCAUUUGGUUGUGUCGUGAGAUUUUGGCCGUGGAUGUAUAGCGUAUAUAGAUUCGUGAUAACCCUUUUUUUGCUCCAUAUUUAUGUUUCAGUGCAGGCCAUACUGCUACUAUUACUAUUACUACUGCCUUGUGCUUUUAUUGUAGACGAGUAACUUGUGUAUAAAGCAUUCUCCAGCUGACAUUUGGAAGGGACUUGACACCUGAUUUUCUCGAGGC